UGCAGCAUUGUCCACAAUACAGAACCCUCCUGCUCAACAAGGCCGUCUGAGCAGACUUCAUCACGCUUCAGGCUACACAAGUCUUUCUGCUGCCACACUUUCCUGCUGCUGCUUUGGCUGUGCCCUGACCUGCCUGCUGCCAGUCAUCACUUGAAACCAUCCCUGCCCCCCAUUGUGAAAGGCAGCCCUUUUCUAGUGACCUGGAAUGCACCAACAGCUCGAUGUUCAGCCUCCUUUGGUGUGCCACUCCACUUGGACUCCUAUAACAUCCUGGUGAAUUCUCAGGAAGCCUUUGCAGGCGGGAACAUCACCAUCUUCUACUACGACCAGCUGGGCUUGUAUCCCUACUACUUGGAAUCAACUGAACCGCCCACUGCUGUCAAUGGCGGCUGCCCUCAGAAUGCCAGCCUGACAGAACACCUGGACAAGAUGAGAGGGGACGUUGCUGCGGCCAUUCCUUCGGAGUCCUUUUCAGGCCUUUCGGUGAUCGACUGGGAAAUCUGGAGGCCCCUGUGGAUACGAAACUGGGACAAGAAAGCUAUCUACCGGAACAUGUCUCUCCAGCUUGUAAGGCAGAGGAACCCCGGCCUGACUGAGGACCAGAUUGUAAGGAAGGCCAGGUGGGAAUUUGAGACAGCCGCAAAAAAAUUCAUGUCUGAGACUCUCCAGUUGGCUCGGUCUCUGCGCCCCGGUGGUUGGUGGGGCUACUACCUCUUUCCAGAGUGCUAUAACUACCACUACCUGAAUAACUUUGAGAGCUUCACGGGGCACUGCCCUCCACUGGAGCUGCAGCGUAACAAUGAGCUGAAGUGGCUUUGGGAGCGGAGCAAAGCUCUUUUCCCUUCAAUCUACGUGGAGGAAGUGCUAAGAAGCUCCAUGCAAGGGAAGAAGUUUGUCUGGGCCAAAGUGGGGGAAGCCCUGAGAGUGGCUGAGCUGCCUUCCUUCCAGCAUUCCCUCCCUGUCUUUGUAUAUGCCAGGCCAUUCUACACCUACACACUGAAGGAGCUGACGCAGACGGAUUUGGUGUACACAAUUGGGCAGGCUGCAGCCAUGGGGACUCAUGGCCUUGUGCUUUGGGGAGAAGCCGAGUAUUCUCGCAACCGGGCCAAUUGCUUGAAGAUCAAAGACUACCUGAUGAGCACCUUAGGCCCAUACAUAGUCAACGUGACCACGGCAACCAAACUUUGCAGCCAGUUUAUCUGCAGUAGCCAUGGCCGCUGCAUUCGCAGAAGGAUGGACUCUGAUACCUACCUGCACCUCAAUCCCCAUUCCUUCCAAAUCCGAGCAAACACAGUUGGCAACGGGAUCCAGCUGUCAGUGACGGGAGCCUUAAGCCAUCAGCAGAAGGACAAGAUGAGGCAGGAAUUCACCUGCCACUGCUACCAAGGCUGGAAGGGUGAAAGCUGCCAUGCUCGGGGGAAGGGCAUGAGACUGCAGACACGGGACUGGCACAUCGCUGGGGUUGUUCUGUGGGCACUAUUGGUAUGGUGUUUGUGA